UCUCAUUGGCUGGGAAGCGACGGGGGCUCCGAUAGGCUGAAACCAUCGCUAUCCCAGCGUGCUUCGGGACCCUGCUUUCCUUUCCGCUCGGCUGAGGUGCCUGUGAGGAGGGCUCUAAGCAGCCAUGGCGCCCAGCCGAAAUGGCAUGAUCUUGAAACCCCAUUUCCACAAAGAUUGGCAAAGACGAGUUGCUACAUGGUUUAACCAGCCUGCCAGGAAGAUCAGAAGGCGAAAGGCCCGACAAGCAAAAGCACGUCGAAUUGCUCCUCGCCCAGCAUCUGGUCCCAUCCGGCCUAUUGUGAGGUGCCCUACUGUCCGAUACCAUACCAAAGUGCGUGCUGGUAGAGGAUUCAGCUUGGAAGAACUUCGAGUGGCUGGUAUCCAUAAAAAAGUGGCACGGACCAUUGGCAUCUCUGUGGAUCCCCGUCGCCGAAAUAAGUCUACAGAAUCUCUGCAGGCAAAUGUGCAGCGGCUGAAAGAAUAUCGGUCCAAACUGAUCCUCUUCCCAAGGAAACCAUCUGCACCCAAGAAGGGAGAUAGUUCUGCUGAAGAACUCAAGUUGGCAACCCAGCUCACAGGACCGGUUAUGCCCAUCAGAAAUGUCUUCAAGAAGGAGAAAGCUCGCGUCAUUACUGAAGAUGAGAAGAAUUUCAAGGCAUUUGCUAGCCUUCGUAUGGCCCGGGCUAAUGCCCGCCUCUUUGGAAUUCGGGCAAAACGAGCCAAGGAGGCUGCAGAGCAAGAUGUGGAGAAGAAAAAGUAAACAGCCUCUGAGAACUUUCAAUAAAAUUAUACAAAAUGUUGGCAUAA